AGUUGUCCAGAUGGAUAAUACAAAAAAAACAAGACAUUUUAACAGGCCAAAGUUCAUUGAUGAAGAUGAGAGACUUUUGGAUUUUAUGUGGAAAAUAUUUCAAUGGAAUCCAGAGUGGUUGGAUGAUCCAAAAUAUGAAAAAGAACCACCACCAAUUUUUGAAGAAGAGAGAAGUGUCAUAUCAACAUCAUUAUUUUAUGAAAAUUUUGAAGAUUACUAUCGUGCAAUGGAACCAUUAAUGCUACUUGAAUUUUUUCAUAUUUUAAAAAGAGAUGCAAAUGAUGAUUUUUCUGAUCAUAAAGAAAAAAAAACUAAAAAUAUAUCUGGACAAAUUCAUGGCUGUCAUGGGACAGUUAUAAAUAAAUCAAAAAAUGAACAACAAAAAUAUAAAAGAGUACAACGUUUUAUUUUAGAAACUGAAGUACCUAAAUCAAUUGAAGGAACAUUUCCAAUUAGAGGUGAAUUAGUUAGAUUAAAAUAUAACAAUGAUCAAGAAAUAUUGGGCUACAUUGAAGAUCUUUCACGUAUCACAUUGUCAUCAUCAUCAUCAACUGGUGUUAGAUGUUGUCAAGUAUCAACAUGCUCUGGUUGUUUAUUGAAAUUAAUUUUUCAAAUACGUACAAAAGACGUAGCGAUACCAAACUCCUAUAAAAGUACAAUGCACUUAACAACUGUAACAUCAAUGGGACAAUAUUUACGCUUAAUACGUGCACUUGAAGAUCUCCCAGGUUCACAAUUAUUUAAAUCAAUAUUAAAGCCAAAUUGUGAAGAUUAUUUAAUGUCAGAAGCAAAUGUAUCAACAAUAUUACCAUUAAUAACAAAUCAAAAUUUAAAUAAAACACAACUUGAAAUAAUUGCUGGUGUUGUUGAAACAAUAAAAAAAAAAAAAAAUAUGUCUCGUACAAGGACCACCUGGUUGUGGUAAAACAACAACAAUUGU